AUGCAUAUGAACCUGGAUGAACGAUGGCCGCUGGGCCUAGACAGAGAAAAACUGAGCUACAAUAGACCAGUCGAAUAUCUCGUGAUUCAGAUCGUAGGUUUCCAGUCAGCCAAAGAGCUUCGAGGCCUUGAAGGGCAGCUAGAAGGUGGGAGUGGCAAGGUUCGCACGGCGUUCCCAGCCGCAGCCUUGCGAAGAACCACAGCACCAUUGGGGAUCACGGUUGCCAAGACCUCGGCUGACUUGCCCGAUAUCGUGCCCACAUUCGACAUUUUGGUCGAACUUUUGGACGACCGACUUCGAUCGAUCCGUCAAUCCAGCCUGCAAAACCCUUACGAUCAGACUGUCGUUGAGAGCCUCAAGAUGGCCAAAUCCAAGAACUCGUCUCAACACAACCAAGCCAAGAAGGCUCACAAGAACGGGAUCAAGAAGCCCAAGACCUUCAGAUACCCAUCCCUCAAAGGCACGGAUCCCAAGUUCCGAAGAAACCACAAACACGCCCUGCACGGAACGAUGAAGGCGCUCAAGGAGGUGCGGGAAGGGAAGCGAGAUACUGCAUAAAUUAGGGAACGGAGCGUAAAAUUCUGAACAAAGGCCCCAGUUGUGGUAUGCGAUGAGCAAGGAAAAGCGUAACGACACUUUCCGCGGCGUCUAUGAAGAGCGGUUUGCUGUUUUGUGAUGGAAAAUGGUCCAAGGUGGUGGAAAUCCUCCAGUUUCGACGACCGAGACAGUUUCAACCGUUAACGGACAUUGCUUUCGGACGGUCCGAUUACUGACUUGAAUGGAUGACGGACAAUCCGAAGAAAGACUGAACCUCAAACCCCCUCGCUGCAAAGCUGCUUGCUCCAUGUUUCCUCUCUGCCCGGAUUGAACAACGAUCUUAUGAUAUUUCACGGAACCCCUGGUCACUGGCAUUUGUGUGUACAGCGUCGUGUCUAUUUUCUUCAAUGCGCGAUGUCUGAAGGAGAACAAUCUAUCGUGCCUAUAUGGAGUUUUUGACCUUCCAAUUACCAAACACGGUCCUCUAAUUCGGUGGAGGACUGUGCAUGGACGGGAGGUGACAAUUACCUAUACUCUUUUUUGUGCCUUGGUUGAGACCAACGAGCAGGUCUGCUGGAAGAGUUCAUUUGUGGCCACUCGAUCUCACGAAAGAUGCC